AGAAGAACAGGAUGGACGAGAACCCAGCUGUUCAUCAGUGAACGUUCCUUGGACUCGCUCUCAUUGUGGUUGGAUGUUUGACUGCCAGUGUAAUUUCAAUCCAUCAUAAAGUCUAUGAGUUAUGCAUUCCUGCUUUUCCCAGUUGUGCUUUUAAAUGGACAUUUCCGUACAACACGUCCAUCUCAAUAAAACAUAAAGAGUAAGUCAUUCGCUAACCUUAUAUCCCCACAGGAAAUGUUCACAAUGCCAGAGGAACAGCCUCAACCACAUCCAGUGGUCUGCAACAAGUACCGCAGGCCCCUAUUGGUUGUUUUUGCCUUCUCUCUCUUUGCAGCUGCGUUAGGUUUGGGGGUCUAUUCCCACCUGCAAAAGACUGCCGACCCCUGGACGUCACAAUGGAAAUCAGCUGCUCCUCCUUGCCUUUCUCCCGCCUGUCUAAGAGCAUCAGAGCAUUUUUCUGUUGCCAUGGAUCCCUUUUCUCGCCCCUGUGACUACUUCCUGUUUGCCUGUGGGACAGGUGGAUCUUCCACCAGCGAGGAGAGACACAGUGUCAAGGGGGUCUCCAAUGAAGGCAACAGAGAACUGGACAAAAAAAGAGAAGUGAGGACAGGAGGAAUAGUGAGGAUGAGAAGAGAGACAGAUUUCCAAGGAAAAAGUGAUGGACAGCUAGUCAAAUUUCCAGACAGAAAGACUGCUUUACUGAAAACUAUCAAGGAAAUACUAGAGGCUCCUGAGGAGAGUGUUUCUGUGAGUGCAGCAGAACAGAAAGCAAAGAAAUACUUCAACACCUGCAUGGACGCAGAAUCCCAAGAGAAAGUGGGUUCAAAACCCUUCCUCACAUUAAUCCAGCAGUUAGGUGGCUGGGCAGUAUCAAAUGGAUGGAAUCGGACAGAUUUUAACACCACCCUCGCCCUGCUAAUGGGCCAGUACUCCACAUUUCCUUUCUUCAGUGUGUAUGCAGGGUCAGACCAGUUUGAAGAGCAAACGGCUUCCAGUCAACACUACAUACAGAUUGAUGAGCCUCAUUUUCAAUUCCCUAUUGACUGGAAUAGCAAGAAAAAGAAAUCCAAAGCUAGUACUCGGUAUUUGCGUCCAUUCUACAUGUCAUGUGGUCAGUACUUGGCUCUCUUGGGUGUUCCCUCCAAUGAAACCACUCAGCACUGCGGUCUUUACAUAUCUCUAUCCACAACUCUGGCCCUGGCCACGGCCCCUCUCCGCUACCGCCUCAGUCAGAAGUUACUCUACCACAGAAUUACCAUCCAAGAGCUACAGACUCGAGCUCCAGCCAUUGCUUGGCUUGCUUGCCUACAAGCCACAUUUCAGCCUCUUCCUAUCAGCCAAUCAGAUCUUGUUUUAGUUCACAAUCUCCCGUACAUUAUCCACAUGUCCCAGACAAUCAGUAAAUGGCAAGUCCAGCAUGAGACGAUGGGCACCAGUUCACUUCAUACAUACAUGAUCUUUAGUCUUUUGCACACGCUCAUUCCCGCGCUGGACUCAAGGUUCUUCCGAACAAUGAGAAACUUUUCCAUUGCAACUGGAGACACACAGGAGGAGAUCCCACGCUGGUUGCGAUGCGUUCAGCAGACGGAGCGAGGGUUUGACACUCUACUCAGUCAUGCAAUUAGAGAAAGACAUGCACAGAAAGAGGCUGAGGAGUUGAUUUAUGAUGUUUAUUUGUCCCUCAAGAAGAAACUAACAGAUUUGAGCUGGAGGGACGACAGAUCAUCAGCCUUUAUUUUGAAUAAGAUAAAAUCUCUUAAUCCAAGACUCUCCGCUAAAACAAAUAACCUCAAUCAUGCAGAACUCAACCAUCUCUAUGCAGAGGUGGUUUUGAGCGAGGAGGAUUUUUUCUCCAACUACCUGCAGAUGCUGGUGCUGGAGCAGAAGAGCAGGAGCAGACUGCUCUCACACGGCACACAGACUGAAGGUUUGUCUGUCACUCCAUCCAUCUCUGGUAUUGACAUCAUCAUCCCUGUUGGAAUGUUUGUGUCACCCUUCUUCCAUUCCUCAUAUCCCAGGGCACUGAAUUAUGGCACACUGGGAUCUCUGAUGGCUAAAGAUCUACUCCACCUUCUGCUCCCUGAUAUCCACAUGCAGGCCAACAAUCCAGAGUCAGACAGCAUGUGCAUAUGGUCCCAUUAUCUGAGUGUGACCAGGGAUCCAGGACGGGUCGGCACAUUCUCUCUUCCCCCCUCUAAACAGCAGGAGGUUUGGGUGCAGUACUCUGCUCUACAAGUGGCACUGGAUGCUUAUAAAAUGAGUUUCACAAGGCAUCCAGCAGACUCAUCUCUAUCAGGCCUCUCUUACCUUCACCUGUUACUCUCCUCCUUUACAAAGGUAACGUGUGACGCUGACUCCUACCAUGAGUUCAUGCCCUUUGAACCUUCCUUCCUGGUGACAGUCCUGUGUUCAAACUCCGGCUUCUGCCCCAAAACGCUGACCUGUGUGAAUAAAUCUCAGAGUUAUCCUCGUGAGAUGUGUCAGAGUCGAACGCUGCACUGAAUCUGGGAGGAACUCAUGUCUGCUGAGACCUUUUGGAGCUUGUUUGGGACUAUUGAACCAUUGGAGCUGCUCACUGUUUAGUAAAAGAAGGUCAUUCCAGAGAUCAUAAAGCUUUUUAUAUUCACUUGUUAAGUAAUGGGUUUAGAAAAGUCACAUAUACAUACAUUUAAGCAAUAUUAUCACAUUUGAUAAAUCAUGUACAGAAUGAUGAACAGUUAAAGCCUGCUUGGUGGAUGUGUUCUCUCACAGCACUUAGAAAAUUGACCAUGCUUUUACUAUAGUAUUGAAUUUUGGGGGAAAUGUUGAUUCAUACAAAAUAAUAUUUUUGGGAAGGGAGGGAAUCUCAUACAUUUUUUUUUUAACUACAACUAGCAUAGUUUGUUUACAGAGUUACACUGGUUUACAUGUGGUUACUGUAAAUACCACAGUUAAACUGGUUACUAUACAAGAUUUAUGGUAAAUUUGUACCAAGGAAGGAGAGCAUUUCACCAAGUAAAAGUGAUUCCAGUUGUAAUUCAUUAAUGAUGGAUAAUUGUGCUCUUUAUUCUCUCUAUUGUAAAUACAGUUUGAUGUCUAAAGUCUGAAUGUAUCAUGAAUGCCACUCUUAUUUUUGAAAUGUAUUAUAUUUGGAUGAAACAUUAAAAAAAAAGUA